GGGAUGAUUGGUCACGGAGGUUAUGGCGAAAUUUAUUAUGCCAUUGAUGUCCGCAAUCAAGAGGAAGUAGCAGUUAAAGUUGAGCCAAGAAAGAGGAAAGGCCGAACCGUUAAAAGAAUGAUUUUGGAGCAAAAAGUUAUGCUGCGGCUGCAAGGAAGACCUCACAUACCAAAGAUGAUAGCCUCUGGUCACGAUAACAAGAUCAACUUCAUUGGUCAGCUCUUAUUUCGACGAUGCAGAGAAAUUGAAAAUUUACUUGCAGUGAUGCAGUUGCUGAGCGUUAAUGAGAUCUCAAAAAGGCCAGCCCUGUACGCCGCCUAG